ACAGUUGAUUUCAUUGUGCCAGCCGGGGCGGACAGCCCGGGAAUGUCAACCGAGUUGUCAAUAUCGCCACCCACAGCAUGCGGUUGCCUAGGAAAUGAUCAUCAUAAUUAAUGAGAGAAGCAACGACCUUGUGUCUCGUUUGAAGCACGGCACAGAGUACAGGAAACAUGUCCGAAGGAACGCAAGCACCCACGGAAAACGCCGCCGAGACGAAACCGGAGGGGGAUGCGGCGGCUGCCCCUCCCCAGAAGGAGAUGAAGAGUGUGGUGCUCACCGGGUUCGGGGGAGUUAAAAUGGUGAAGGUGCUGCAAAAACCCGAACCGACAGCAAAAGAAGGGGAGGUUUUGGUCCGCGUGAAAGCCUGUGGGGUGAAUUUCCCUGACCUGAUGGUGAGACAGGGUGUGAUGGACCACCCACCGAAAACUCCUGUCAUCAUGGGAUUUGAGUGUUCUGGCAUCGUAGAGGCAGUUGGAGAAAACACAACUGGCUUUUCUGUUGGCGAUCGAGUGAUUGGUUUCACGAACUAUGGUGCGUGGGCAGAGCUAGCGGCCAUUCCAUCGAACCAUGUGUUCAAGAUGCCAGACAACAUGAGUUUCCAGGAUGGUGCGGCCCUCGUCAUGAACUACGUGACAGCGUAUGUGCUGCUCUUCGACCUCGCAAACCUCCGCAAGGGACACUCCGUCCUCGUGCACAGCGUCGGGGGAGGUGUGGGUCACGCCAUCACCCAGCUGUGUAAGACGGUGGAAGACGUGACGGUGUUUGGCACCGCGUCGUCGCACAAACACGACGCCAUCAAGGCCAACGUCUCGCACCUCUUCGACCAUUCCACCGACUACGCUCAAGAAAUUAGGAAAAUCAACAGUGAAGGUGUGGAUAUUGUGCUGGAUUGUUUAUGUGCUGAAGAUACCAACCGAGGAAUUAAUUUAAUCAAACCAAUGGGAAAAUAUCUGCUAUAUGGUUCCUCCAACAUUGUGACAGGAGAAACGAAGAGUUUUUUUAGUUUUGCCAAGUCUUGGUGGCAGGUGGACAAGGUGUCUCCCAUCAAGCUGUUUGACGAGAACAAGAUGAUCGGCGGCUUCCAGCUGCGCCGCCUCGUCUUCAACCAGGGACAGCACACGUACGUCCGCGACAUCGUCAACAAGCUCUUCGCACUCUACAACUCUGCUAAGAUUAACCCAACUGUCGACUCCGUGUGGGCCUUCGAAGACGUUGGUGAAGCCAUGCAGAAGAUUCACGACCGUAAAAACAUAGGAAAGCUGAUACUAGACCCAACCGCUCAGCCAAAGCCAAAGAGUGCGUCCACUGAAAAAGCAGCUGAAGGUACUAAAGAGAAUUCUACCGAUAAGAAAGACGAUGCUGGGUCAGGAGGCGACUAGGGCAGACAUCAGUGUUGAAGCACCUUGUCUAUUCUAGGAGCCGUAUUGCCAGCAACCAAGCCCUAUCCCAUGACUGCCAGCUGGACGAAGUCAUGGUAGACCACGUACUUGAUGUCUGCUACUGCUGCUGCUUUGUGUUUUGCUAAAUGAUGUGUCUGUCUUCGAGUGGUGGUCGCGCCAUGCCAGCUGUACCCCGGAACAUCUCUCUGUGUAUUCGUUUGCCUUUUUUUUAAACUGUCGAGACUGUGUUAAACUAAGUUUUACUGCCUUUCCUACCAUAUAGCCCUUUGCAAAAGAAAGAAAAUAAAAGUAAAGUACAAGAAAGAUGUGAAUAUUCGAACAACUGUUUCAGAAAUGUUUAAAUAGUUACAUUGUUGAUUAUUAAGAAAGCUAUUUAUACAGUAAAAUUUUAGAGUAGUGAAUUUCCAUCUGUAUGAAAUUUAUAGUAAAAUGGUUCACUAUGAAGUCACGAUAGUUUUGUUUACAAAAUGUGUGUUAAGUAUUUGUUUUUAAAAAAUCCAGUUAUCAGUUAUUACAAAAUUUAUUGUUUUCUUUUGCCAAUUGCUCAACUUCUCCUCUCACUUUGUAUUUUGUGUACAGGAAGAUUGAAACUUUCUUGUGUCAAAUCACACACUAAAACAUUCUUGUGUUGAUCAAACAUUGGAACAUUCUUAUGUCAAAUUAAACACCGAAAAUUCUUGUGCUGAAUCAAACAUUGAAACAUUCUUAUGUCAAAUCAAACACCGAAAAUACUUGUGUUGAAUCAAACAUUCUUAUGUUGUUCGAAUCAUACUUGAUACAGCUUUAAGAAAAUGCCCUGAAUUCAGAUAAAAAAGAUUUAUUUAGAGUAAUGACUAGUCAAAACAAAAGUUUCAGAAAUAAACAUUAUACAAUUUAAAACACUAAUAGAACUAAAGAAGAUAAGUAGGACAUUUUCUACGCAAAACAUAGGCGUUUGAAGGAUUGGGGGAGGGGGCAGAGGAGCACUGCCCCAACUCCUCCAACUAUGAAGAUAAUGAAUUGGCCCUCCAGUUGAAAGGUGAAUUAAUAUAUCCUUGGCCCCUCCAGUCGCCAGCAUCUUCAGACGCCGGUUUCCCAUUUAAAUUUCUCGUAUUGUCCAAUAUUUAUUAUGUUUUGUUAGCACAUUUGUAUUUCUAAUGAGAAAUACUGUUUUUGAUAUGUUAUAAGUGCUGUAAAUGACAUUUGACACUGCAUAAUGUAGAUUUUCGUUUUGAGUUAGUAAAUCACAUAGCAGCUUGAUAAAUACUGUUCAACAAAAGAAAUACUGUACAACAAAAUAAACGUGAAUAUUAAACAAAAAAUGGUUUAAAUUACUCAGUAUGAACCCUAUUAGCUUUUGCGUCUUAUCAAAAUUAUCAAUGUCUUGCCCAUUUUUACGGCCCAUUUUGAAAGUAUUUAUCAAAUGACUUUUUAUCAUAGAAAAAAAAAAGGUUAAAAUAAAUGCAUUUCUUUUGUUGUUCAGUGUAAUUUAAUGUACAUUAUUUCACCCAAAAGGAGUAGAAAAAACUAACCAAACUUUGUGUUUGUACCGUUAUGAUCUUGAUGUAUCUAAAAAUUUGUAAAAGCUCAGACAGUUCAGCUCAGACUUGACUUGGGGCCAAAGAGAAAGUUAAAUCAGCAGAAUUUGUUUUUACUCGACUAAGAUCUUGGGACCCCAUAUUUGUAAAAAAAAAUAUAUAGACACAAUUUUUAAAACUAUAAACUAAAGCUCUGAUAACGAUAAUGGUUGUUCAAGGAAUUCAACAGUCACUUGAAUCGAACAAGACAAUCCAAAUUUGAGCUAUUAAUCUAGAUAUAAAGUUCUAUAAACAUAGGUCCCGCUAAAUUAGUCCAUUAAUCUAGAUACAAAGUUCUAUAAACACAGGUCCUGCUAAAUCAGUCCAUUAAUCUAGAUAUAAAGUUCUAUAAACAUAGGUCCGGCUAAAUCAGUCCAUUAAUCUAGAUAUAAAGUUCUAUAAACACAGGUCCUGUUAAAUCAGUCCAUUAAUUUAGAUACAAAGUUCUAUAAACAUAGGUCCAGUUAAAUCAGUCCAUUAAUCUAGAUACAAAGUUCUAUAAACAUAGGUCCCGCUAAAUCUAGACAUAAAGUUUUAAACGGGUAAUUAGCCAACAGGAGAAUGCGGUAGAAUGGUUAUUGGUUAGAGAUAACUAAGACGUGAAUUACUGUCCGUGGACCCAGGUCUGGUUUGAGCCGUAUGUGUAACACGAUGGUUGUGCAUGUUAAACCUUGUAAUGUUGUCGGGAGGUGGCAGUAGAGCAAGUUAGUGAAGUACUGCUAACAGUACUUCUUAGUUGAGUGUAGUGAAGUAGUGACAAGUCUUCAAGUAGACGUUAGACGAGUAGAUUCGAUGUUUCUUCAUGUUGGCUGUGAUUGAAGUUUCUAUCUUCAUCUUUGUUACUGAAAAAGCAAUUUUCAUCAUUCCCAUAGAAAAACCCAACUAGGCUUUUUGGAAUCCAGAAAAGUAGAUUUGAUGUUUGUUUAUGUUCAAUUGUUGGCUGUGAUCGAAGCUUUCUAUCUCAAUCUUUGUUACUGGAAAAGCAAUUUUCAUCAAUCCCAUAAAAAAAAUAAAACAUGACCAGGCUUCAAUGUUUCGCAUGUUAUUUUCAAUACAAUUCUUUUCUGUUAAAAGAAGAAAGGGAAUUUCUGCUUAUUAGCUGGGCCAUGGUGUUUGGUGAAAAUUUGCCGCAAAAUUUUUAUUGUAUUUGUUGUUACAAAAUAAAUGGAUGGUGUUUACAUCUCUCAAUCUUAUCACUUAACUCGUGGAGGUAUUUGAAUAGACACAAAAGCAUUCCAAUGUCCACAGGAAUAUUUUUUUAUGUAUGGUACAUUCAGUUUUGAAUAUUCUAGAAUAUGAAAAUUGUUACCAAAAUAGGGCAGUGUCAUAAUGUUUGUAAUAUUUGUUAACCCAGGGGAAAUAUUAUCAACUACCUUAAUUUACAGUCUAAAAUAAUAGGGUUUUAUUUGUUGGCAUUUUCACUUAAUAAAUGGGGAGAUCUACAUAAAUUGGUUGGACUUUCAAUUAAUGAUUAAAGUUUUAACAUUUUGGCACACUGGAUGCACAUUUCAUAAAAAAAAAAAAAAAAAUCAUUAAAUUAAUACAGUAAUUAUUAUGAGAUACAAAUUUAUUAUUUAUUGCCAGUGAAAGAUGGAAUCCAAUUUGAAAAUGUGAAACCUGGAAUAUGACAAUUUUUUUGUGAUGUGAAAACAGGUGUCUGUUGAUGAGCUAUGUUUAAUACAGUCAACAUUUUACAACAUUUUAUUAAAGUUAAUUCUGACCAAAUGACUGGCAUCAGUUUGGUACAUUUUAGCAUAUACUCCCAACAAACUCUGUGAUUCUUGGAACAGUCACAAGAUAAAAAUCUUUAAAUAAUUGUUAUAUUGUUUGUUGAAGUUUAUUUUUCGUUAAAUUCUUAAUGUACUUUUUGUAUGUUUUACAGUUUUGCUUGUAUAUGGUUAUCUAUAAAAUCUGCAUAAUAUUAUAUUAAUAACCAAACUUCUUUUAUAUCAAUUACAAACUUUACAUAUCUGGAAUGGUUCAAUAGGUAGUUUUUAAGGGGAUACCUUAAAUGAUCCCCUAAUUGAAUGGAAAUGGUCUUGGUUAGUGUAAACUGUACAAAGAAGGGUCUGAUGCUAUCUUGUAUAUCAUUGCUGGAGUAUAAUCCAAAAUUCAUUUGUAACAGGAUAUACCAGGACAAAAUAAACUUCUAAACAUCCUGACGACAUAGAAAUCAUUGCUAGGCUAUCAUCCAAAAUUCAUUGAUACCAGGAUAUUUAAGGAAUCCUUUGAACAGAGACAAAAUAAAAUUCUUUUUAGCCAAAUUACCAAUGAUGGCCGACAAUCAUGGAUCACAAAUUCAAACCGACUUCAGUGCAAUAUGACCGAUUUUCCAUAAGGAUGCCAAAUAACAUGUAUGCUAGUUUUCAAGAUCCUAGAUUUUUGAUAUAUGUAUUAACAGAAUUUUUUGAACAGAUUUUGGUUAAAUCAAAAUAACUGUAAGCUUAAGUUUAUGGUUGCCAAAAUAGUUUACAUGCAGUUUUAAAUUUAAUUUUAAAAAUAGUGUGCCAAAAAGUGACUGCUUUUCGUAGUCAAACUGAGAAGCAUCACUUUGGUUUGAAAUGAAGUCUGGUUUGAAAUGAAGUCUCAUAUUUUUAAUAAGACUAAAAAUACUUCCACUAAUUAGUAGUAUUGUUUCACUAAUUAGUAGUAUUGUUUUCACCAGUACUAUCUUUAUUCACCGAUAUAUUAGUUACAUAAAUAAUGAGCUGUGAUUUGUUUAGUCUUUUGUAGUCCAAGCUUUGAUUGGCUGUAAAAGUAGUUUUCAAAUACUUGUCAAUGAAUGAUUUUGCUUGCGUAGGUCGCUGAAUCUUUUAAAGGUGCAGUUGUAAGGAGGGAAUUUAUAAACAUUAACCUAGAUGACAUGGUUUAAAACUUAUUUUCUAAGAUGUAACAAAUAAUGGUGGAAGCUUUUAAGAAAGCAUCUAUCAGAUUACAAACAUAUAUUUUGUGUUACGUGUAGUAUGUACCUAAUGUAAAUUCUUAUAUUGUCUAUAAAACCUUGAAGAAAUAACUUUUCAAAAAUUUCUGUUAUUUUAUAUUUAAUUUUUGUCUUUGCCACUUGAAAAACUGUAGCCAACCAGUAUGUACUUAUUUUCAAAAUUAUAUAUAUAUAUAUAUAUAUUACUGACGAUUGAAGUAAAUAGAUGAAAGAUUUAACUACGAUCGUAACAAAAUUGAUCUUCAAUUUGAUUAAUAACCAAUAUGGUUCUACUGUACUAAAGGCUCAAAAUUUCAUUUUGUGGAAUGGGAAGCAAUCUUUGCUUUUGCUUCUGAAGUAAAUGCAAGAAAGUGAAGAGUUUUAGACCACUUAUACUGAUAAAGCUUUAAUAAAGCUUUAAUCAAGCUUUAAUCACAUUCUAUGUAAUUUUAAACUAAAUCGAAUUUAAUGUUGGUUGUCCAAUGUCGACAUCGUGGGCACUAAUUUCUUAACCUGAAUAGUUGUACAAUAGUUUAAGAUGGAAAUCAAAACCUUGUGAUCAGUAUGAGUAGGUGAAUGAUUAUAUUUUGAGCAGCAAGUAUGUCUUAAUCCAUCAAGUUUUGAGCCUAGGCACUCAAUUAUUAAGUUUAGUUUAAUCCUAUAACUAUUUGUGUAUCCAAAAAUGUUUUACGUGCAUCUUGUGCAAUAUUGUUAUUGUUCUUGACAAAAAAAAAGUUUAUGUACAACCUGAUUAUUUAAUCUAUAUAUAAAUUAUAUAUAUAAAUAUAUACAUGUAUAUUUAGUAUUGGUCUCAUGUUAGCAUCUAGUUAAUAAAUUGAAUGAAAUGUAA